AGGGAGCAUGGUCCCCGCGCCGCGGCCGCGCCAGCCCCCGCGCCGCCGUCCCCGCCGCCGCGGAUCUAGCUGCAGCUCCAGCCCCGGCCCCGGCUCCGCAGCGCCAGCCCGCAGCCCCGGCGGCCGCCGCGCCUGAGCGCAGCCCCCGCCCGGAGCCCGAGCCCCGAGCCCGGAGCAGCCCCAGCCCCGCGGCCGCCGCGGCUGCGGGGAGAGGGCGGGGGCGAUGCUGCCGGAGCCGCCGCCGCCGCCGCCGCCUCGGUGAGAGCCGCGCCGCGCCGCGCGUAGCCGCACAGGCUGACAGGCAGAAGGACUGACUUCCCUCUCCCGGGCAUCCUCCCUGGGCUGCCGGGAGGCGGCGGCGGCGGAGGAGGAGGAGGAGGAGGAGGAAGAGGAGGAGGAGAAGGAAAAGGGGGAGACGGCGGAGAGCAGGAACGCGAGGAGGUGGACCUGGAUCCGUUUCUCCCGGCCAGGACCCGAGCGGCCCCAGCUACCGCUACCCGCCGGCGCCGUCCCCUAUCCAUCAGCCCUCCUGCGCCCACCCGCGACCCCCGGCUCUCUGCGCGUCGGGCCGGGGCCGGAGCGGCGCGGCCGGAGACUGUCUGGCCUCCUGGUGAUGCUCACGCUGUGCUAAGUGUCGGUGGCCAUCAAGGUUUUUGCAUCCUGGGGACGAAUCCUGACCUUGCCAGAGACGGACAUCGAAAGCAGGUCCGGCCUCUGUUCCCCUGUGAGGAGCAGCCACGGCCCAGCAAGAUGUCCCGGCACCACAGCCGCUUCGAACGAGACUACCGCGUGGGCUGGGACCGCCGAGAGUGGAGCGCCAACGGUACGCAUGGGACCACCAGCAUCUGCAGCGCCACCGCGGGGGCCGGUGGCGGCUCAGCCAGUAGCCUCAGCGCCCGGCCCGGCCUCUUGCCGCUGCCCGUGGUGCCGUCCCGGCUGCCCACGCCCGCCACCGCCCCAGCUCCCUGCACUACCGGCAGCGGUGAGGCCAUCACCAGCCUCGUGGCCAGCUCUGCCUCCGCCGUCACCACCAAGGCUCCCGGCAUCUCCAAAGCGGAUAGUCAGUCCCAGGGACUCACGACCAGCAUCCGGUGGGGGCAGACGCCCAUCAAUCAGUCCACGCCCUGGGACACUGAUGAGCCGCCCUCCAAACAGAUGAGGGAGAGCGACAAUCCAGGCACAGGGCCAUGGGUGACCACGGUGGCCGCCGGGAACCAGCCUGCCCUGAUCGCACACUCCUAUGGAGUGGCCCAGCCUCCUACCUUCAGCCCGGCUGUGAACGUCCAGGCCCCAGUCAUUGGGGUGACCCCCUCACUGCCUCCCCACGUGGGGCCCCAGCUCCCGCUGAUGCCAGGCCACUACUCGCUCCCACAGCCACCCUCUCAGCCACUGAGUAGCGUGGUGGUCAACAUGCCGGCCCAGGCCCUGUACGCCAGCCCACAGCCCCUGGCCAUGUCCACACUGCCUGGCGUGGGGCAGGUGGCCCGUCCGGGACCCACUGCCGUGGGCAACGGCCACAUGGCAGGGCCCCUGCUGCCUCCACCAGCACCAGCCCAGCCGUCUGCCACCCUCCCCAGCGGUGCCCCUGCCACCAAUGGGCCCCCCACGACUGACUCGGCCCAUGGGCUGCAGAUGCUGCGGACAAUUGGCGUGGGGAAGUAUGAGUUCACCGACCCUGGGCACCCCAAAGAAAUGUUGAAGGAAUUGAACCAGCAGCGCAGAGCGAAAGCGUUUACAGACCUGAAAAUUGUUGUUGAAGGCAGAGAGUUUGAAGUCCACCAAAAUGUUCUAGCUUCCUGCAGCUUGUAUUUCAAGGACCUGAUUCAAAGGUCGGUGCAAGACGGCAGCCAGUGUGGCCGGGAGAAGCUGGAGCUCGUCCUGUCCAACCUGCAGGCCGAUGUCCUUGAACUGCUCCUGGAGUUUGUCUACACGGGCUCCCUGGUCAUCGACUCGGCCAAUGCCAAGACGCUGCUGGAGGCCGCCAGCAAGUUCCAGUUCCACACCUUCUGCAAAGUCUGUGUGUCCUUUCUCGAGAAGCAGCUGACGGCCAGCAACUGCCUGGGGGUCCUGGCCAUGGCUGAGGCCAUGCAGUGCAGCGAGCUCUACCACAUGGCCAAGGCCUUCGCGCUGCAGAUCUUCCCUGAGGUGGCGGCCCAGGAGGAGAUCCUCAGCAUCUCCAAGGACGACUUCAUCGCCUACAUCUCCAAUGACAGCCUCAACACGAAGGCCGAGGAACUAGUAUAUGAGACCGUCAUCAAGUGGAUCAAGAAGGACCCCGUGGCCCGUGCACAGUACGCCGCAGAGCUCCUGGCCGUGGUCCGCCUCCCCUUCAUCCACCCCAGCUAUCUGCUCAACGUGGUUGACAACGAGGAGCUGAUCAAGUCGUCAGAAGCGUGUCGGGACCUGGUCAACGAGGCCAAACGCUACCACAUGCUGCCCCACGCCCGCCAGGAGAUGCAGACACCCCGAACCCGGCCCCGCCUCUCCGCAGGUGUGGCUGAGGUCAUCGUCUUGGUUGGGGGCCGUCAGAUGGUGGGGAUGACCCAGCGCUCACUGGUGGCCGUCACCUGCUGGAACCCACAGAACAACAAGUGGUACCCCCUCGCCUCACUGCCCUUCUAUGACCGAGAGUUCUUCAGCGUAGUGAGUGCCGGGGACAACAUCUACCUCUCAGGUGGGAUGGAAUCAGGGGUGACGCUGGCUGAUGUCUGGUGCUACAUGUCCCUGCUCGAUAACUGGAACCUCGUCUCCAGAAUGACGGUCCCCCGCUGCCGGCACAACAGCCUUGUCUACGAUGGGAAGAUUUACACCCUCGGGGGACUUGGCGUGGCGGGCAACGUGGACCACGUGGAGAGGUACGAUACCAUUACCAAUCAAUGGGAGGCUGUGGCCCCUCUGCCCAAGGCCGUGCACUCCGCAGCAGCCACAGUGUGUGGCGGCAAGAUCUACGUGUUUGGUGGUGUGAACGAGGCAGGCAGAGCCGCAGGCGUCCUACAGUCUUAUGUUCCACAGACCAACACAUGGAGCUUUAUCGAGUCCCCAAUGAUUGACAACAAGUACGCUCCCGCCGUCACCCUCAACGGCUUCGUUUUCAUCCUGGGCGGGGCUUAUGCCAGAGCCACCACCAUCUACGACCCUGAGAAAGGGAACAUUAAGGCAGGCCCAAACAUGAAUCACUCUCGCCAGUUCUGCAGCGCCGUGGUGCUUGAUGGCAAGAUUUAUGCAACUGGCGGCAUUGUUAGCAGUGAGGGGCCUGCCCUGGGCAACAUGGAAGCCUAUGAGCCCGCGACCAACACGUGGACCCUACUCCCCCACAUGCCCUGCCCUGUGUUCAGACACGGCUGCGUUGUGAUAAAGAAAUAUAUUCAAAGCGGCUGACAUCGGCAGAAAGCCCACGUCGAGUCUGGACAAGUCUGGUGAGGCAGAUGCUACUCACGGUGAUCAAUGUUCAGCAACACCAAUAAGAGGCCGAUAGACACAAUCGAAGAAAUCACUGCGCUAAACAUUUUGAAUACUCUCUACAUUGAAUGUAGAAAAUCAUCCUCGCCUUUGGGGGAAACGGGGGCAUAGCGCUCGGAGCAGCAGGAACCACGACCAUCCGAGGAGCUGGGCCGAGGGCUGGGGGGGGCUCCUGCAAAGGCACUUGCUCUGAACGGAGGCGCUCACUCUGCCCGGUGCAAUAGAGUUUCACAUAUUUUUUCAACUGGGAGAGAGAAGCUGAUUUUUCCUUCCUGCAGAGCAAGCUUGAUCCCUACACAACCAUAGAUCAGUUAUCCUAUGACAAUAUUAGGUGUCAGGCUCUCUUGUAAUAAGAUCAAAGUGUCCUUAUCACUUUGAUUCCUACUUUUGUUUUUAACCAAUCUACACUUUUCAGUGGCCGAGAGAAGAGAAGGGACAAUACUGUGCUGCACAAGGCCUAGGAGGUCCCUGCUGGUUCCUGCUGGGCUGAGGACGAGUCCAGCUGCCCAUGCAGAGCCAGAUGUGGCUGGAGCCACAGCGCAGGGAGCAGCCUAGGGACAGCUGGGAGAACCUUUGUCCUUCAUGGGUUUCUCUACCUUGUUUUUGCUGGAGGACAGGUGACCGUGCUAGCUUUCUCUUGUCCGAUAUGAAUUAUUUAGAUUUCCAAGGCAUUUUCUUGAUAAACAAAAAGGCUAUUUUUAAGUACUGAGAGAAGGAGGAGGCCAUGAGAGGGAUAAUGCAGGAAUUCCCAAAGCUCUUCGCAGGUAGUGCCAGAGUGGGGCAUUUGCUCUAAUUUUUUCUACGUGCAGAAUAGAGGAUCUCUCCUGGGUGGGGGUGAAUACCCCCGUUUUAUUUUUUAAAAAAUGUAACUCCCAGACAGCCCCAUUAAGAGCUGUGCCUCAUGGAGGCAUUGUCAAAGAAGAUUCUGUUCUAGAAGGAAACCAGUUCUGGCUCAUGACACCAGUCCAGCUCCCUCCAUGAGGUCAAGCUGAGGACCCAGGCCGGGUAGGAAGGGAGGAAGGGAGGGAGGGAGAAUAAAUGUCUACAAAGCACAGGAGACUAUUUUUGAUAUUUAUAGCUAUAUAUUAAGGCACCUGCCACAAGAGCUCUCAGGAUAGGGACAGCCUUCGUAGACGAGCCAUGACAGCCACGGCCUGAGGGGCAUGAGCAGAAUCACUCCUCCUGUAGCAUUUUAACCAGAGAAGGGGGAGCCAGGAGGGAGGUCACACCGUGGCUCAUGAGAGAAAGGCCUUCCUGCCAGUCCUCAGACCCUCAAACCUCACGUGGUGACCAGUUUCCAUUCCAGGGCAAGAAGAAAGCCGCCACCACUGCGCUUGUUUAGUUGAAGUUGGUACCAAAUACGCAUUCGCCAUUUUUAUAUCUGGGAAGUCAACUUGCCAUCAUUUCAUAAUAAAAACCAUUUCUAAGGAGAAAAGGACAGGACAGGACGUGCUUUCCAUCUUUCGGUAUUUGAUGACACAAAAUUCCAGUUCUAAUGUCGGGCAUCAACUUCUAGCACUACAAGUGUGGCUCCCACUUGGACAAGAUACCGAGCUUCGUUUAUGCAGUUUUUACUAUUAUUUAUUCUUUUAAAAAGUAAUAAGCACAAAACUACAUACGUUGUAUGUCAUUUAAAGUAUUUAUGUCAAACAGGGUGCAAGUGUGAACCCAAGGACCGGAGCACAAAUCUCUAACUGCCUGGGGCAGGGCCGAUGUUAGCGUUGGCGUGCGUCUGCCUCCAAAGGAGGCGUUAGUGGUCAGCGAGACUCAACACAGACGACAUUGAAAUUCCGCUUCUCUCCUCAUCUAUCACACUGGAGCAACACUGGCUAUUUCUGUGAAUGAUACAAAACAGGGUUCUCUGUAAUGGUAUUGUACAUAGUAUAUGUUUAUUGUUAAGUUCUUGUUAUAUUAUAAUAAAUAUAUUUAUAGAUCUAGA